AUGACAUCAGUCGGAGUUCCAAUCAAAAUCCUCCACGAAGCUGAAGGACACGUUGUCACACUUGAAACAGUCACCGGCGAAGUGUAUCGAGGAAAAUUGAUCGAAGCCGAAGACAAUAUGAAUUGCCAAGUCGCCGAUGCCAUCGUCACAUUCCGCGACGGACGAACCCAUCAAUUGGACAAUGUUUUUGUGCGCGGCAACAAGAUUCGCUUUAUGAUUUUACCCGAUAUGCUCAAAAAUGCGCCAAUGUUCAAGAAUAUUGGAAGAGCACAAAAGGGAGCUGUUGGUAUGGGUUUGGGAGGAAUCGAGAAUCCGAGAGGAGGACGAGGUGGACGUGGAACUGCUUUCAGAAGGUAAUUUGUAUAGGCAUUCUCGACUUGCGGUUUUGGAUGAAAUAUAUAUUUUCUAGUAAUUUUUGACCAGCUAAUCACGAUCCUGUUGUCACAAACUGCAAAGUUCAGCUUCGACUAUGAAUUAUGACGUGGAAAAGUUGAAGAAUUUCGAAAAUUGUGAUUUCAUGACUAUCUUCAAAGCAUAAAGUUGUUCAGGAGCGUUGAUUGCAUAAGUGCAGAAGAUCUAUUCUCAGAACAAUACUAUUCUAUCAGAUUUCAUGAAGACUUUGUGAUAUCACGAUUUUUCGAUAUUUUCCAGCUUUGCCACGUCAUAACUUAUAUCAGGAGUUGAGCUAAGUGAUGUUUGAUAACAGGAAUAAGAUUAGCAGAUAAAAAUUAGUAGAAAAUUCAUUUUCUAUUUAAAAUCUCUACUGCAAGUUCUCAGAAAUAUUAUGAGCUCAAACAUUUGAAAAUUAAUUUUAAGCUGAUCAUUUUUUUCAUCUCAAUUUUUAAUUCUAAAAGUUCCUAUAUCUUUCAAAAGUUAACUCAACUCUCAAACCCCGAAUAUAAUUUCAGGCCAACAGGACGUGGAGGACCAGGCGGCUUCGGUGGACCACGCGGAAUGUCCCGCCCAGGCGGAGCUCCACCAGCUUUCCGCGGCUAA